GAUGGGGACAUAAAUGAACUUUUCCCUGCAUCAAUGCUCGGAACGAGAGUAAAGUUUAAAGAAAGAGUUGCACGUUGGCGACAGAAUGAAGAUCAUGCAAGAGUUGGAUAAAUUCUAGCCAAGAGUCUCACGACUCGAUAAGAGACAUGGAAGCAAAGAAUUUAAAGUUAAUACUUAAUGCCACUGAAAGAGGUCAAAGCAUCUUUAAACAAUAUAGAGAAAAGACCGUGCUGUCAGAUGUUAGUCGUGACAUUUUGGUAAAUACCAUUGUUGACCACUUCUCAGCGCGAUCAGUGCCUAUGACAAUGAAAGAUAUCAUCACCUUUUCUGAGCAAAUAACAAUUUUAUUUCCCAACGAAGACAUGCGCUAUUACUGCAACCGUCGAAAUGGCAAAAAUCCAACAGGCAAACUUUAUGAUAAGGCAACAAACAUCCGAAGGAAAAUAAAAAAAGAAACAGGAGCACUAAGCUUUGCACCUAAAUGUCAACCCACUCAAUCAAGUUUGUCGGAGCAGGCGAGCAAUACAGAUGAAAAUGACUUAGCCAUGAAAAAUUGGCUUUGUCAUAAUGUAGAGCCUUGGGGCGAUGUUGUAGAAAAAUGGACGAACACAGUCAAAUUAAGAACCGCAGAGAUUUUAAAUGAACACGCAAAUAUUUUAACUAAUUGGCCGCUGCUGAAACACAGUCUUGGAUACACUUUGGUUGAAAUUGAUUUUGAAGCGAAAUUUCCCAACUGUUCGCAGAAUUUGCUAAACGAAUGGCCAAAAUUUAGAAAGUCAAUUAUACCUUACAUGAAGACAAAAAUAAGAGAUGCAACGUCCAUUGAUAUGCUAAAAAAAAUUGACGAAAACAUCAGUACUGACUCAAUGGAUUGUUUAUUGACACUGCUUUUGCAUGCGAUACUUAAACCGUCAUUAAUUUCCGUUGGACAAACUUCUGGUGAAAAACGGCUUAAAUGGAAGCCAUCAAUAUGUGAUGCGCAAGCAGUGACAUUGCUGCAUUGCAGCAGCAUAAACGAUUAUCAGAGGAUGUAACACGAAUUAAAGAUUAAGUUAAAUCAAAAGAAUCUUCCUCUUCAGCCGCUACUAUUGGUAGUCGGAGAGAAACUAACUCAGUUAGACUCUUUUUACGUUAUUUUCGACAGUAUAAUUUACAAGGUACCGACAUUUUUAAAAUCACUUGAUACUUUAUUUAAAAUCUUUCAUGUAUUAAAUUUGGAAUAUCCGAUACAAGCGAAAUCCAUAUAUAAUUUUAUCGAAUCCUACUUUUUUGGCAUUGCGGAUUGUGCACACCCUAAUGUUAUUACACUUAAGAAUUAUUUAAAAGAUACUCAAAACUUGUUGGAGUAGAUUGAUAAAAUGUUCAAAUGCUUUAUAUGUAACGAAAGGUCUUCUACAUCAAAAUUGUUAGUUGACCAUUUGAAAUCUUUCCAUGUUUUUGCUGAGAUAAAAAAUUUUGUUUGCACUUUCUCUAAAUGUGGUCAAUGUUUUUCA